AUGGCUUAUUAUUCAUUUGAUGAGAGAAAAGUAUGGGGAUGGUUUUUGGUAUCAAUUGGAUCAAUUUUGUCUGUUGCUUACUUCUUUCUUGCUCUCUUCUCCAAGCUUCUUCCUCCUUCUCACAUUCCACUCAUCUCUUCCUUCCAAAAUGACUGGUACUACUGCUUCUUAGUGCCAUUGACUCUCCCUAUAAUUAUGGUUGCUGUGUACUUCCAUUGGCUCAGCAUGAAGAUGUUCAAACAUGCUUAA